AUGCCGGAGUCGCAAACGUAUCACCUCCAUCCUUAUGGAUGGGAAGAUGACCCAGAAGAGGAACGCUUCAAGCUUUCGACGCUUGACUACCUCUCUGCCUGCACCUACAACAUGUAUGCACUCUUUUUUCGCCUCGACGAGUCACUCAGCAGCACCGCGGUAGAGGCCCUCAAAGCCGGUCUCGAGCGAACACUCUCCCAAGCCCGGCACCUCUGCGGAACAAUAGAGAAAGACUCGGAUGGCGGGCACUCCUUCACGAGGAAAAAGGACAGCACGGUCAAGUUUGUCGUGCAGUGGGUCGACAAAGACCCAGCGUACCCAUCUAUCGACGAGAUCGAAGCGACUCACUUCUCUACCGUACGACUAGGUGACCUGAAGCGCUGGAGUGUCCAGCCUAUGACGUACGGGGAGAAACCUGAAGCCCAUCCAGACGCCAGCCCUGCCGUCGCUGCUUACAAGGCGAAUUUCGUCCGGGGCGGUCUUGUCUUUAUCAUGCACCACCACCACUACGCGAACGACGUCAUGGGCUGGGCCGGUCUGACGCAUCAACUGGCGGAGAACUGCUACGCAGUACUAAAUCAUACGCCCUUUCCCCUGUGGGACCCGGCGAACCUCGACGUCAGCCGCCUCACGAAACCCGCUCCGGCGGAGGAGGAUAAAGUCGACGGGCCUACUCCGCCACAACCCACUGAAGGCCAGUUACCCAGGAUAGCGCUUUUGUUCCAUCUUCCGAGAAGCAAAGCUGCAGAGCUGAAGAGGCUCGCUACACCGAAGGCGGCAGACGGGAGCUGGAUUUCAACGUAUGACGCCUUCUCGGCGUUUAUUCUUCGGACGCUGACGCGUCUCCGUGCGCCAGUUUACAAACUGGACACCUCCAAGCCUCUCUUCUGGGGUGAGGCCGUCGACAUGAGACGUCGCAUGCAUAGCCCUCCAGUCCCUGCCAGGUUACAAGGAAAUGUCAUGUCUGCUGCCAUGAACAUUAAUGCACCCGCUGAGAUCGCACAUCCUACUAUCGCGGAUAUCAUCUCUCAUGCCGACCCAGACGGCGAGGCAGAAUGGCCGCUUUGGAGACUUGCAUCUUAUAUCCGACAACUGACGAACAGCGUUACUCAGGAAAGGCUCGAUGCGAUGUUGACUAUGGUCUCACGGGUGCGCGACAAAGCGGCCCUGAAACUCCGCAUUGAUUGCCAGCCAUUGAUGAGUAUUCUGCAGACGGACCACCGGGACGCGAACAUUUCACAGGCGGAUUUUGGAUUUGCGCGGCCGAUCACUUAUAGGCAUUUGCUAGACUUUGUAACCCCCGGGUUGAUUAUCAUCUACCCGCCGAGAGUGGGCAGUGGUCCGCACGGGGACGAUGAGGGGUGCGAGUUCUCAAUUGUUUAUGAACAGGAACUCGCCCAAACUCUUAUUGACGACCCUGAGUGGAAUGCAUACUUUGAGUUCCGCGGUAUUGACGCGGUUGAUAUUUCUUCGACACUGGAGGUGCCGGAGUAUAGAUACCCGUCCCAGCAUCUCUAUGUUGAUGGGAGUGAUGGCUAUAUGUAG